CGUCUUUCGUCUUCACAAACUUCUUUCUCUUCUUGAAUGGAGUUAUGCCUCUUCGCCUACUCUCUUCUCCUCAGAAUUCGCCAUCUUCAAUGGAGAUUUAAGCGAAACAAGAACGAGACUUAGUUCUACUUUCUACAGAUUAAAACGGAGAGAAUGGAGCAGAGCCCUGACCUCCCAACUGCGGAUGAAAUUGAAGUAGCCAAAAUCUUGGCGGAGAUGAGCCACAUAAUCCUUGAAUCUGAGUCUUCUCGGCCUCGAUUUCCCUUCUCCUGGGGUGUCAAGAAGAAGAGAUCCGUCCCCGGGAAAGACGACGCCCCAACCCCAUCGUUUCCUCCUGCGAAGUCAUCACCGCCGCCACCACCACAACCAGCAGCAGCAAAAGCAGCGUCGCCGUCCGUUCCUGGAACUUUACUUGUGGUGCCUCCUACAAAAAAGGCGGAGGCUUCCAGUCCCGCCACGCCUCUGUCGUUCUGGCCUAGUGAGUCCGAUGAGAAGCCUGAACCCCACAAGAAAAAGGUCUCCUUAAAAAGGAGCAGAGAGGAACAAUUACAGUUGAUAGACGUUUUAACUCGGCGCAAAGAAUUACUCCAAAGGGAAGUUGAGAAUGUGAGGAUUUACUACAACAAGAUCAAAGCAUACAAUCUCGCAUUGAAAGCGAGAAAACAAGAGUUAAUAAGCCCUGGCGUGGAGAAAGAAGCGUCCCAUGUGGAAACAAAAUACGCCCAACCUGCCGCCAAUCACCACCGUCAGCAACCGUCCCUUCUGUUUCACCAGCAGCCGUUCAUCAUCAAUCUGACGGCUGAGACGGCUCAGACAUCAGAAGCAAGUGAUAAUAAUUCUCAGUUCCGACACGGCCACACUUGCUCAUUGGAAGGGGUGAGAGAUAAGGUGGGCCCAGCUAGGAUCCCAGAUCUUAACGUCUCUCCAGAAGAGGAGUUUGGGUUGGAGGAGUAUUCCGAGCCGGUUGAUGUAAACAGAGCCAGAGCUGCUCAGGCAAGACUAAAGAGAUGGCAAAUAUGCAAGAUGAAGUAUUCAACUAGUUCUUACAAGCCACGUGUCAUCAAUGGAUAAUUUUUUUCCCCGGCUUAUUCGGAUUUUGCUUUUUUUGUUUUGUCCGUGAAGGAGGUAGAGCACUAAAUAGGCUAAUAAUAGGCAGUAAUUAUCUGUGACGUAUAAAUGAAAAUGGAUUUU